AUGUCCAAAGCAACUCCUGCCAAAAAAUCAGCGGCUGCAGCCCCACCUCUGGGAUGUACCCUGGAUAUCAACGACCCCCAGGUCCAGAGCAUGGAUCGCAUCCAGGCUUCUUACCAGGGCCACAGGUCCCGAAAGGAGCUGCGCGAGAAGGGACCGCCGCGAGUGCUGCAGCCGCUGAAAGACGUGGUGCUGAUCGAGGGCAGUGCGGCCAACUGGAGCAAGGACGGCAAGGAGCUGUGCGACGGUCCCAAGUACCGCUACGUCUUCGAGGACCCUGACGUAGUGGCACUGGUGGGGCGCGACGGUGAGCUGGCAGACCUGGGCCAAUACAGCAUCAACGUAACCAGCCUUGGCCAGUGCUCCGACUCUGCGCACAUCCUCGUGGAAGUCCCGGCGAAGGUUCGAAAGGGACCUGCCAACACUAAAGUGCGCAAAGGUGCCACGGUGACGCUGACUGCGGAGAUCGCGGGCGAGCCAGCGCCCGACGUGGCUGGGCCAAGGACAGGGGCUCGUCCGGGGCGCGCGUAAACUGACCCGCGGCUCGGACCUCUCUCUGCCCCCCUCGCCCGGGUGUUGUUCCGUGUCGGCAGUACCACCACGACGGUGACCGUUCGCCGGGCCACGCCCGAGGACAGCGGCUUCGCUCGCGUGGACGUGGCCUGA